UGAAGAUAAGUGGGAAGAAGAAGAAGAAGAAGAUGAUGGUGGUCACGGGGCGCCAUGGAGGCAGCGCUGUGACGUCUCCCUCCUGCUGAUGACCUUUGACCUGGGCCUGCCGCCAGCAUGGGGUGUCGCCUCACUCGCAACAAGGCUCACCAACCUUCGCGCCACAGGCACCGGGAGGAGCAGCGCUUCGUGGACCAGUACGGCCAGCCCGUCAGCACGCAGGGGGAGGGCCGAAGGGGGCGGAGCCACCGCCGGCGACGCGUGGAACACAGCAGGACCCCCUCGGAGAGACACUGGGAGGCCCUGAGGGCCAUGGGACUGAUGGAGGCCGAGGAGAGCCGGGCGGGGGCCUACAACGGCGGACACUUUUAUGACAACUCAGCGUCCAAUGUAUACGCCGCCAACAACGCCCUGGUGUCACCUGAUGUCUAUUCCACCAAUGGCUACCUGUCCAGGGAUCCCACCAGCCAUGGUUCCAACUACCUGCCUAGUGUCUCCUACAGUUUGGACCACCUGGACCGUCUGGACAGACAGGUUCCAGAAAUGUCAGCGUAUCAGCCCAACUCAGAGAGCUGUCUGCUCGGAUGCUGCAACUCAGAGGAAUCGGAGGAGCACAAGAGUUAUUCCAAGCAGUCUUACCGGCCCCAAUGGCGUCCCCUGGGGUACCUUCCCCUCAGCGAGCUGGACAGCGGCCUGGGAUGCGGCCCAGACAGCCCGCAACACCGCGUGGCGCUCUCCGAAGCCGAGACGGACGCCAUGUCAUCGCUACCCGGCAACACCGCCUCUUCACAAGGCUCCUCCUCCUCCUCCGAGUCGCUCAUCUCCUCGGAACCCAGCGACUCGGGCUUCCACAGCGUCAGCACCGGCGAGCACAGGUGUUUCCAUAAGAUCCAAAGAAACGCUUACUACCUGCGCUCGGGUCACUCCCCCCGGGAGCAGAGGGGACGCUGGGAUCUGGAGUCCAUCCCUGAGACUACGCCAAUGAGCCAGGCCGGAGCGCCGCAGUCGUCCCGCUGCACGGUGGGCAACAGCACUACUACCACGGUGCACUUCCACCGAGCUGAGAGGAGUCCCACUCUGCCUCGUACCCACUCGCCACCUUCGCCCUCUUCUGGUUGCCGCACAGAGCCCUGCCAGCGCCGGGCGCUAUGGUUGGAGCAGCGUCAAGGAAGAGGGGGUGGUACUAUCGAGGCACCAGGAAGAAGUCGAACACUAAUGGAUCUGAGUGAGGUCCAACAGCAUCGCCGGGCCAGCCACCCUGUAGACAUGGAAGUGAACACUGCGAGGAAGCAGGUCCAUAGCAACCAACCACGUCCAGCCAGCAGCACACCGGAUCCUAGGAGCCGGGCCAGUUAUCCCACAAGUUGUCCGCCUUCUGUUCACCUCAGCAUAGAAACAUUGACUGGUCACCAAAACACAACCAGGGCCUUGCAGAGCGGGGGCUGCAGCAGGCAGGAAGAUCUGAGGAGUCACGGGUUGCUUCCUCGCGUGCCAUCAGACUGGCGUGGUUUUCAGACUCUGGGAAAUCAAGCCAGCAUCCAAAAAGGUUCUUCUGGCCCUUUUUACAGCACACUAGGGGCACAUAUUAGCCCCCGCUCUCCCCUCUCCCCACGCUCCCGACAGUCCAAUCAGAAGUCAGUGAGGAACCAGCUGCUCCGCGCCCGAGCUUACCGGCUGGCACGGGAGAGAAGCGAAGUCACCACGGACGAGGAGAUGCGGGGUGACACUGGGAGACCAGGGGACCACGAAGGGGAGGACGGGCCGUGGGCCGGCAGGUACUGGAACCGCACCGAGAGGAGACGUCACCUGGCAUUGUCGCGGCAACACCGAGAGCGUCGUUGGGGUGAGGAGGCAGCAAGCGUAGGUCAGGGGUCGCUGUCUUCCCAGAUGGUUCUGGAACUGAGUCACAGGAAGCAGAACCGGCUGAGGAACAGCAAGCUACUCGAUGACUGGAUCACGGUGGAGGAGCUCCUGACUCACGGGACCAGAGUAGAGGCCGACAACCAACUCUGUCCCAGUCCUCUGCUAUCGGUCACUACCGUCUGAGGGUUUGUGGUCCUCUUCAGUACCAAAAGGUCCAGUUGGUUCACCAGUUGGCUUCUUUGUUGUUUUUUUGGAAGCAAAUCAAGUACAGUUUUAGAAUCAAGCAAUACACCUUUUGGGGACCACCCAUGUUCUUUAAGGAGCUGUAGAACCAAAAGUUGACAUUUAAAGAGGCCUUUAGCGCUGAUAAGUCUGCAAUGCUGGAGGUUUACUUUGGCCUGAGGUUUCUAAACAUGACAAGGUUCCGUUCACAUCGGAGUGUGACAAACAUCUAAGCUUCUCCCAAGUUGUUCGGGCUACAAGGACCAGACCGGGAAAGCUGAACAUCUUAGAACACUUCGAAACCAAGCCAGACUGACCCUGCAGCAGCACCUGAGAACACCUUCAGGUCUCCUUUCUUACACAGAGUUCUCAGCACCAAUCCAGUCCCAAGCAUGCUAAGUAAGACAAGCGUUCAGGCUGAAAUGUGCUCUUGCAUCAAGUAAACGCUAGGGGGCAGCGUUUUUUUCCCUCUCGUAGACCGUAUUAGCUUCCUGUGGGUAGGAGUUGUGAACAAUGGCCACUGAAGCCACAUCACCGUUGUUGUCGGAGCUAAAACUAAUGUCAACGAGUCGAGGCAGAGGACGGGCGGGAAGGAGAGGCCUGUGUACUAAAAAAUCUGACCAAUCACAGCUCUUCGGUCUUGGCGUGUACUAGAUGUUUUGGGAGGGGCACGUAAAAGAACCUGUGUGAAGUCGUUGCUAAUACGCUGACAUUCCUUUCACUCUCGGGUAAACGGUUGCAAAAUUAGCUCAAAAAGCUAGCACACAAACAUGCUAACGGUUAGCAUGUGUCGUAUACCAAGUUAUAUGGCUGUAAGGUGUACGGCUGUGUAAUUACAGUAAAAAAAUGUAAAGUUAGCUAUUAAGUUAGCAUUAUAAUGUUAGC